GACAACUGCUGAACACGGGUUCAGUAAGGUACAAUUACUUAUUUUGUACAGCUAUUUAUAGCCGAGAACAAUGAACAUUAUCCUGGACUAAUAUCCGCAAAGCACAACUAGGCGUUUACUUUCCGUUUCCGCGGAACCCGUAAACUAAAUCUGAUAAUGAGAUAGCCAGGGUGCACUCCAGGCCACAUCGUUGCCGGUGGUGAACUCGCUCGCAUUCAAAACUGCUGCUGUCUUGCGAACAUCGGUUUUGAAUUGAAUCCAAGUUUGUCUUAACCAUGGUUAAUGGUUAUUUGACCAGGGAAGCGGACAGGUGAACGGGCAACAUCGUCAACCGUGGGCUACGUGGACAGACAAAAGCACCUGUUCUAGGUCCCUUCACGAAUUGUGUAGGCUACAGUAGGCUACAACCGUAAAACACGCGGGCGCGGUUCAAAGCCAAUUUAUUAACCAUGUCGGACGAACGGCUUUCACUGCCGAUUUUAAGGCGCCUAAGUUAUGCGGUCGGACACUUUUUGAACGAUCUUUGCGCAUCUAUGUGGUUUACCUAUUUUUUAGUGUACUACCAUUCCGUGCUUGGAUUUCGGAGCACCUACAUGGGCCUUCUACUUCUUACCGGGCAGAUAGCGGACGGUGUCUGCUCUCCCCUACUCGGUCACGAGUCGGACCGGACCCAAGGCUGUGGCACGUACGGAAAAAGAAAGACCUGGCAUCUAUUUGGAACGGUCUGCGUGCUCAUUUCCUUCCCCUUCACCUUUAACCCGUGUCUGGGCUGUGGCGAGGACACGCCCCUGUGGGCGGAGCUUCUCUACCUCAUCCCCUUCGUCAUCGUCUCCCAGUUCGGCUGGGCCACCGCCCAGAUCUCCCACCUGUCACUCAUCCCCGAGCUGGUCUCCUCUGAGCAUGCUAAAGCGGAGCUGACUGCAUACAGGCAUGCCUUCGCUGUCAUGGCUAACAUCACAGUGUACGCUUCUGCCUGGCUGCUCUUUCACUUUGAAAGUGGGCGGGACGGCACGUCCAUCACAGAUGGCCUGGGCCAAUCGGAUAUCCCCAUAUUCAGGAACCUGCUCCUCGUUGUCAUGGGGAUUGGAGGCGUGUCCUCCCUGCUCUUCCACCUGGGCACUCGGGAGAGGAGCCAGGUGCCGGAGGAGACGGAUUCUGCCGAUGGGGAACGCCAGCCUUUCGUCAUCAGCUCGCAACAGAGCGCCGCGCCCAGGUCCCCGCUGCACUGGAAGCACUGGCUGAGAGAACCUGCUUUUUACCAGGUCACCUUCCUGUACCUGUGCACCAGACUGAUAGUCAACCUGUCCCAGAUCUACAUCCCCAUGUACCUCAUCAACUCCCUGCAGCUGCCCAAGACGUACAUCGCCUCCGUCCCCCUGCUGAUGUGUGUCAGCGGGUUCCUCUCCUCCUCGCUGAUGAAACUGCUCAGCAAACCGAUCGGCACAGACAUGACCUAUUUUGUAGGCCUCCUGCUCGUCAAUGGAUUUUCCUACUGGAUCUUGAUGUCCGGGAGCCUCAUCUGGCCUGCGUCAUUGCCAUGGACCUGCCAGCUCAUCGGUGAUCAAACGCAGAGUGGGGCCUUUGUGUACGGGGCGAUGGGCUUCGUGGACAAGGUGGGCAGCGGGGUCGGCGUGAUCAUCAUCCAAAGCCUGCAGCCCUGCCAUGUGGCGCGCUGCUGUUCAGACUGUGUGCGGUAUUACCAUGAUGUCAUCGGGAUUGUCACGGGGGGCGUGGCAGUCGCAGCUGCUCUCGCCCUCUGCUCCAUUGUCGUCUGUCCAAUCAGGAUCCGCCAUCACCCUGAGGAGAAUCUGGUAAACUGUAGAAAAGCUGAUCUUAAACAGGCCUGCGCUCCGUAUCUGGCCUGAAAGGGGGACGGACGGAAGGACGGACGGACGACGACGACGAUUUCGACAUGGCGUACUUCUCGAACCGUGGGGGCUGCUGUCAUCCGAGAUUCUGAGAGCCAAUCGCGUGCUGGCCCGGCUGACGGACCGGCGGAAAAACCAGCGCCAAGUCCCGCUCGCUCCCAGCGUGCCAGCGCAUCGCCAGCGACUGAGGCAAAAAACUGGCCCUUAAAACACCGUGAGCCCGAGCUGUAGACAGCAUUACCAGCCGUCCCCUGCAGAGGCCGCUACGUCCACGAUGAUCUGCGUAGCGUAGCACAGUGGGUGAGGAACUGGGCUUGUAACCGAAAGGUCGCAGGUUCGAUUCCCGGGUAAGGACACUGCCGUUGUACCCUUGAGCAUGGUACUUAACCGAAAUUGCUUCAGUAUAUAUCCAGCUGUGUAAAUGGAUACAAUGUAAAAGUUGUGUAAGUCGCUCUGGAUAAGAGCGUCUGCUAAAUGCCUGUAAUGUAAUGUAAUGUAAUGUACCGCCUUGCCAGUGGACCAGUGAGCGGAACAUCACUGUCAAUUCUCCCAUACUGUACAUACUCCCCCUGGGCAGCCCGAACACCAUCACUCAGAAAGAGAGUUUAUGCCAAAGGUUCUUUAGUUUAUUCUUUUAGAUUCUAACUUUGAGUAGUUAACGGACAGAGAGGAGGGGAGGGAUGACCGUGAUGACUCUUAACCAGGGGUGUCCAAUCUUAUGUGAAAAUGCCCAUGUGUCGGGUGCAGGCUUUUGUAGCAGCAUCAGCACUAAGACUGGACACCCCUGGUCUAAAAAAGUGUGUGGACACAGGGAAACCGACCGCGAGAAGCAAAAUGGAGGAGACAAACAUUUGGGAAAAGCAAAAAAAAAAAAAAAAAAUAAUAAUAAUAAUUUUCUCUGGUGAUGAUGAACGUUAUUUACGCAACGGGAGGAGUGGAGAUCUACAAAUAAAUUUCUGUCCUGGGUCAAAUACAUAGAGGUGCUUUAGACGCUGUUCCUGUUAGAUGUUGGGAAUUCUUAUUUUAAGUUCAUCAUAAUCUGUAUGGGACUGUCUGCUCUGUUAGUACACUUUGUUUCACUACUGUACAUUAAUAAACAUACACUAAAGAAGACUUGCCAAGAUAGUUAAA